AUGGAUGGUUUCCGUGUAGUGACUUGUCAAUCCUACAACUUUGUUGGAGAACCUUUCGAAUCAGAUGGCUUCUUCUUCUGCAGUAGCUGCAGAGAGAAAAAUCAGGAUGCUUUUGAUAAUGGUGCCGAAGAGGAAGAAGCCUUCGGUACCGCCGGUGGUAUCUACCUGCCCAGUCACCAACGUCGGGCAUCUGCUCAUUCCGAAGCAAUUGAUGUUCCCCCCAUCUCACAAUAUGAUCCAUUAUCCCAAUCCAAUUUACUUUCCAGCCUUGGCUUAAUUGAAGUCAAACAAGAGAAUGUUGACCUAUCUCACUCCCAUUUUAGUCCCUCAACUCCUGCUGAUUUUGGAGGCUCCAAUGUUCCUAGCUCUGAGGAUUACCACAAUGAGAUAAGGUUGCGUUAUGUGUUUGGGCUGCAAAUUAUGAUUGAGCUUCAAUGUGAAGCUCUGGUGAAAGAGUUUAAGUUUACCCCUUUGAUAUGUGGCUUGGUUGGACCAAUUUGGUUGAGAUUUGUCGCCAAGACUGGUGUUUUCGACGAAGACUGGGCUAAUAAAGUACUUCAUGACUCUGAGAUGCAGAAAGAAGGAGAUCCAGAAGAUUAUAAUUCACGCGGUAAAUACAUAUCAGAACCUCGCAUCAACGGCACAAUCACCAACACCAUUUCUGUUUUUGCUAAGAUUGCUGAUGCCGAGGAAAACUUAGGCGAGAGUGAAGUCCGUGAGGCUCACUUGGCAAAGUCCUUGUUUUUCAUCCGGAUUGGGGACAAGGAGAAAGCCCUGGAACAUCUCAAGAUAACAGAAACCAAGACUGUUGCAGUGGGCCAGAAGAUGGACUUGGUGUUUUAUACGCUGCAGCUUGGUUUCUUUGACAUGGAUUUUGAUCUAAUUUCCAAAAGCAUUGACAAAGCUAAAAGCUUGUUUGAAGAAGGUGGAGAUUGGGAGAGGAAGAACAGACUGAAAGUGUAUGAAGGCCUAUACUGCAUGUCCACUAGAAAUUUCGAGAAGGCUGCAACAUUGUUUUUGGAUUCUAUCUCCACCUUUACAACCUAUGAACUUUUUCCAUAUGACACCUUUAUAUUUUAUACCGUUUUGACAAGCAUCAUAACACUGGAUAGAGUUUCCUUGAAGCAAAAGGUAGUGGAUGCUCCUGAGAUCUUGACAGUGAUUGGCAAGAUCCCGCAUCUGUCAGAGUUUUUGAACUCCCUGUAUGAUUGUCAAUACAAGUCUUUCUUCUCAGCAUUUGCUGGCUUGACGGAGCAAAUUAAGUUGGAUCUCUAUUUGCAUUCACACUUCAGGUAUUACAUGAGAGAGAUCAGAACUAGACAUGCUCGAUCUGAAAAGCUACACAGGGAAGGCGGACUGAAGGUCAUGCUCAAUAGUGAUGGUGAAAUAGAGAACCAAGAGGAUUCAGACAAAGAAACCGAAGAUACCGAGGAGCUACUAAAGCCACUUAAAAAUGUGGUCCCUUGGUUACAAGAAAUAUUCACAUGGGAAAGACCAAUACAUACUCUUGCUGUUCUUGUUGCAUCCCUAAUAAUCACUUAUAUGGAAUGGGUUGGAAAGGGAGCUGCAGCAUUCUUGGUAUGGGUGAUAGUAAAGAUGCUUGAGGCAAGAGAGAAAAAGCUUAAUGAGCAAUGCAAUGAGAUAGUAGUCAGUAGAUAUGAUAUGGCUUCUGAUCAAUCUACGAUGGAUAACAUUGUCUCAGCCCAACAUGGAUUUUACACUGUUCAUGAGAUGAUGCAGAUAGCAAACAUAGCAAUGUUAAAGAUAUGGUCCAUACUUAUUUCAAAGGCAGACAAGCAUGCAAAGACAGUGAUGGUGGCAAUAGGGGGAUUAGCAUUCUUAUUAGCAGUAAUACCAUUCAAGUUCUUCCUAAUGGGUCUCAUUGUGCAAAGUUUCACCAUGGCGUUCAAGACAAGCAAGUCUUCAGGAACUGGGAAUAGAAGGUUGAAGGAAUGGUGGGACUCAAUACCAGUAGUCCCUAUCCGUGUAGUAGACAAUGUUCCUAACUCUCAACAUGCUAAAUAG